CAUUUGUUCCUUUUUGUCGCUCAAUUGCAAAACUUGGCAGACUCAUUCCCGAUUUCUCUUUAGUUGGAGAUAUUUAAUAAUCAAUAGAAAUAUGGCAAAACGUACAGCAAAUUCCAAAAUUGAAGAUGAACCAGCUGACUUAAAAAAAUCAAAGAACGAAAGUCUGUCAGAGAAAAUUCAAGAAUCUCGCAUAAAAUGUGCAAAAUCUGUUCAGGAUUUUAAAUUCAACAAAAAGCGAGUUCGUUUGUUGAAUGAAGUGGAAGAAUUCCUUGAAGGAUCUCAGGGCGUUCUUUAUUGGAUGGUCCGUGACCAAAGGGUGCAAGAUAACUGGGCUAUGCUGUUUGCCCAAAGACUUGCUCUUAAAGAAAAGACAUCCCUUCAUGUAUGCUUUUGUGUGGUGGUUCCAUUUCUCGAGGCAACCAAACGACAUUAUGAUUUUUUGUUGAAUGGACUGAAGGAAGUUGAAAAGGAAUGCUGCAAUUUGGAUAUUCAGUUCCAUCUUUUGAAAGGAGACCCAUCUUCUGAAGUAUCCAGUUUGGUAAAAGAGUUGAAUAUCGGUGCUGUUGUCACAGAUUUCAGCCCAUUGAGACUUCCAAGAAAAUGGUUGACUGAUUUAACAGAGAAUCUCCCUAAAAAUGUUGGCUUGUGUCAGGUGGACACACACAAUAUUGUACCAUGUUGGAUAACUUCUGAAAAGCAAGAAUAUGGUGCUAGAACUAUUAGAAACAAAAUCCACAGUCAAAUGUGUAACUUUCUCACUGAAUUCCCUCCUGUUAUCAAGCAUCCCCACAAAGCCAAAACUGAAGCCAAGCCUACAAAUUGGAAUACAAUUAUUGGGAAGUCUGAUAUAGACGAGACUGUCAAACCAGUGGACUGGGCUAAACCAGGUACAGUUGCAGGUUAUGCGACUCUGGAGAGUUUCUGCAAUGAACGUCUAAAACAUUUUGCCACAGAACGUAAUGAUCCUACCAAGAACAGUUUAAGUAAUCUGUCUCCUUGGCUCCGAUUUGGUCAUAUAUCUCCACAAAGAUGUAUACUGGUUGUUAAGAAAUUUCAGAAAUCUUACAAAAAUAGUGUUGAUGCAUUUGUUGAAGAGGCUGUUAUACGCAGUGAGCUGGCCGAUAAUUACUGCUAUUACCAGAAGGACUACGACAAUAUAAAUGGAGCUUAUGAAUGGGCUCGGAAUAGCUUGAAGCAGCAUGCUAAGGACAAACGAGAAUACGUUUACUCAAGGAAAGUGUUUGAAGAAGGCAAGACUCAUGAUCAACUCUGGAAUGCUGCCCAAAUACAACUUGUCAAAGAAGGUAAAAUGCAUGGCUUUCUAAGGAUGUAUUGGGCGAAAAAAAUUCUAGAAUGGUCAACUACUCCUUCUGAAGCACUGGAAAUUGCCAUAUACUUAAAUGACCGAUAUUCUUUAGAUGGAAUUGAUUCCAAUGGAUAUGUUGGUUGUAUGUGGUCAGUUUGUGGAAUCCAUGACAUGGGUUGGGCCGAACGACAGAUUUUUGGCAAAAUUCGUUACAUGAACUUCAAUGGAUGUAAACGUAAAUUUGAUGUCAACAGAUUUAUAAUGCGUUAUAAGAGCAAGUAAUGAUCAAGUACUGACAUAACUGUAAUUUAGUGUCAGCUGACAUCAUUCAUUUUAGACAGCCAUAUUCUUUCUUACUCUUUGAAUCUCAUGUUUGCUGUUUAUUUCACAUUUAAAAUUAUUUUUUGCAUGUAUUUUUUAAAAUUUUCUUUUCUUUUUAACCCUUUUGCUACCAACCUACCUGAAACUACCCUUGGUUCUCUCACACAAACUGUCUCAAAGUAACUUAAAUGCAAAUCUUCCAUCAAAAUUUCAUGUUAAUUUGUUCCAAACAUCAUCGUAAUAAUGACAAAGUUAUUUUACUACAUUCUUCAUUAUUUUCAAAAUUAAUAGAAACAAGGAACUUUAUUUCAGCAGAAAUAUGGUAAUAAAAGAGUUAAGAACUCUCUUCAUGCUCCACAUUUUAUUUGCUGUAAAACAUUUAAAACAAUGAACAUUUCAAACUCAGGGAUUUAUCAAAAUAACAUGUGGAUUACACUUUGUAAGAAAAUUUGGAUUUUUUUUUGUUCUUUGGUCAGUAAGUGUUAUUUCCUAUUUGCUUCUAUCUAGAAAUCAAAGGAAAUGACUACUAUUCCCUCCAAACAUUGCUUUUGUGUCCUGGAUAUCAAUGUUUUGAAACUGACCUAUUUUCCAUUACAUUUCAGACAAAUUCAGAGUUGGGUUGCUGAAGCAGAAAUAUCGUUAUAGCAAAUAUUCUGCUCAAUACAACAGAUUUGCUUGUCAGUUGCUGGCUUGAUCAUAAACACUUGAACAUGUCCCUUAGUGGCUGACAGUAUGUGCAUCUCUGAUCAUGAGCAGGAGUAGUGGGGGAGCAUCAUAACCAUGUGUUGAGAGGGAUUCUUUGGGAUUUGAAUAAAUGUAACAAAAGCAAAGUUUGUAGGAAAUAUUAGUCAUUUUUCAUACUUUGUUGGGGUAAGCAAAUAGGAAAUAACAGUUGCUACCCAAGGACAAAAAUCGUGUCACACAUUGUUAUCAGUGAUACUUAUGUAACUGGUCACUGGUGACUUAGCAGCUGAAACAACAGGUAUUUAUGUGUGAGAAGUUGACAUGAUGUUUAUAUUUUUCUACCUGGAUUAUUGAAACACCACAUUUAUAAGUUAAUAAUGACAUGUAAUCUUUUGAGUAGAAACCUCAUUAUAUUUCAUUUGUAACUACAUGCUGGGGAGAUGGAAUUCAUAGAAUCACUGCUUGCCACGUUGUUUGUUUCUGAUGUUACUGUUUUGCUUUUAUUUUGAUUCUACGGUCAUUAAUUAUUUUUAUUAUAAUAUCAUCACUUUUUAAAAACAAUUAAAAUUCUUUUGAGUGUAAUUUAUAAUUACAUGCUUGCUCAGGGAAACGGAACUCCGUAUUAAACUUGACAACCACAUCUGAAGGUGUCGGUUCCAGUUAGUGAGCAGUGUAUUUUUAUAACACAAUAAAAGCUUGAAAUAAACUUUUAAACUUCAUAUAAA